AUGGGAGAGACUAACAAUGUCACAGAAUUUGUUCUCCUGGGUCUCACUCAGGAUCCUGCUGGGCAAAAAGCACUGUUUGUCAUGUUUUUGCUCAUGUACAUUGUGACUAUUGUGGGCAACCUGCUCAUUGUGGCCACCGUGAUUGCCAGCCCCUCCCUGGGCUCCCCAAUGUACUUCUUCCUUGCCUUCCUCUCACUCAUGGAUGCUGUUUACUCCACUGCCAUCUUGCCCAAGUUGCUUACAGACUUACUUUGUGAUAAGAAGACCAUUUCCUUCACAGCUUGUUUGGUUCAGCUUUUUGUGGAGCACUUAUUUGGUGGUGCUGAGGUCUUCCUUCUGGUGGUGAUGGCCUAUGAUCGUUAUGUGGCCAUCUGCAAGCCACUGCAUUAUUUAACUGUGAUGAAUCAACAGGUCUGUAUCUCACUUUUGGUGGUAGCCUGGGUUGGAGGAUUUGCGCAUGCUCUGGUUCAAGUUCUGUCUGUAUAUAAACUUCCUUUCUGUGGACCUAAUGUCAUUGACCACUUUGGCUGUGACAUGUAUCCAUUAUUGGCACUUGUGUGCGCUGACACUUACUUUAUAGGCCUCACUGUUGUUGCCAACAAUGGAGCCAUGUGUAUGGUAGUCUUUGUCCUUCUUCUAUUUUCCUAUGGAAUUCUCUUAAGCUCCCUUAAGACUCACAGUCAGGAAGGGAGGCGCAAAGCCCUGUCCACCUGCAGCUCCCACAUCAUGGUAGUUGUCCUUUUCUUUGUUCCCUGUAUAUUCAUGUAUGUUAGACCCGUCUGCAACUUCCCUAUUGAUAAAUCUAUUUCUGUUUUUUAUACAGCUAUUACUCCCAUGUUGAAUCCUUUAAUAUAUACAUUGAGAAAUUCAGAGAUUAAAAAUUCCAUGGGAAAGCUCUGGGGACAUGUCUUCUCCCCCAAUAUUAAAUCAGGAUCAUGGCAUAUGUCAAUAAGUGAAUUCCUUCAUUUCACCUAGACAUCAAUAUGCCUAAUUACAAGAUGUCAUAUACAU